ACCGGUUCGUCGAUUAAGUUUGUCUCUCUGUCCUUCGAAGAAUUUUAUUUCGUACAGUAAUUUAAUCGAGACAGCAUUAAUUUUAUUAUACAGUUGAGUCAAAAAUAUCUGUACAUUUCAUUACACGUAGUGGAUUCGAUUUAACCGUAGACCAGACUACGUUACGAGACCGACAUAAUAUCAGCGAUAAAUUCAAAGAUACAACCAUUAGCGAUUAAAACGAUGGCCUAUCGACUAGAGUGACGCGACUAGUGUUUUGAGAUAUUAUAAUAUGUAUAUCUCAUGUGUCUAAUGGAAUGAGGUCGUGAGCGGCAAACAUAAAUAUUUUGAUGACAAAAGACAGGGUCGCACAUAAGCUUCUAACGACCACGCGUUAAUACACAACGGUGGUUGGCAGUGUCUUUCAGUAACCGAACGGGCAGUUCCAGUGGAUAACUGCCGUAAUUAUAGCACCAAAAUCGUUUCUUCGGAAACAUUAGACAUCGAUAUGUUGAUGCGAACGUGUGUCGUGUUCUUCGUUUUUAUUGUCAGUAAACUUUUAAUCGGAGUAAACACGCAGUUGCAAUGUAAGGAUGAAAGAAAUCUGCCAGUGGACUGGUUUGUUAUGUACAAACUUCCCAAAAUAUCGCAAAGUAGCAACGAUUUAAUAAGGAAAGGUCUGGCAUAUGUUUACAUGACAAGUAAUACGAUAAUCGAUGGGUGGAAAUUAUCCAAAAAAUCGAUCGGAUUAGAAUCCUCGAUUCCCGGCCGAACUUUAGAACCUUUGUAUCACCAAAACAACUCAAUUCUUUGGACUUUAUAUAACGACCACGCGCCCAAUAAGACUGCUACGGUAAAGUAUGGGCAUUCCAAAGGUGUAGUGAUAGCAGACACCCACCAAGGUUUCUGGUUGAUUCACAGUGUGCCUCGAUAUCCUCCAGCACCCGAUCAUGGCACUGAGCCUCCACUAAGAGCUCGCAAAGAAAGAUCUGUGGAUGUAAAAUCACUUUCAGAUGCAGGUUACAGCUAUCCUAAAACUGGACAACUGUAUGGACAAAGCUUCUUGUGCAUUUCUGUAGAUAAAGAUCAGUUUGAUCUUAUAGGCAUGCAAUUGAUGUACAAUGAAAUUAUUACAUACAAGAAUAAUUUGCCAGAAGACCUUACUCAGCAAUACCCGGUUCUGACAAAAGCAGCUAACAGGAUUCGCAUCAAAAAUGCUCCGUACAACCAUAAAACAUCAAUUCAGUCUUUGAGUGGAACUGAAUUUAUAUCAUUUGCCAAAAGUGACAAGUGGGAAAAGGACCUGUAUGAUGAAUUUGUUGCACCGCAACUUGGAGCAGAUCUUUUGGCUGAGACAUGGGUACAUGGUCCUGGCAUAUUGCCAUCAGAUUGUAGUGGUACAAAAGUGAUGAACAUCAAGUCCAUUAAUUUUCCCGAGGCAAAUGUGAUGUUUACAUCAUUACAGGAUCAUUCAAAAUGGGCUGUAUCUAAUAGUGCUAACAAAAAUCACAAUUGGGUAUGCAUAGGUGACAUUAACAGAGCUAGUUCACAAUUGGAGCGAGGGGGUGGAACGGUGUGCUUAAAUUCACAGAAUUUAUGGACAAGUUAUCGUCAUAUUGUAAACGACGUGGAAGCAUGCCCCAAAAAAUGGUCUCGUUUCUAGAACUCGAUAUCUAGAUUAAUUUAAGAAAUAGAUAUAAUUUUGACUUACAGUAUUACUUCCAAAUAAGGCCGCUCGAAGGCGGUGAGGGGAAUAUGAUUCUUAGAAGUUACUUCCCCUACCAAUAUGUCGAGCCAUGACUUGACUCAGCUGGCUUUACCUCUGAAUAGGAGUGCGUGUCUCUUUACAUAUGUAAAUAUCUAAACACUCAUUAACAGAAAUAUAUAGUGACGAAAGCGCUCGAGCAAAGAUUACGAGAAGUAGCUCUAUUCAGAAGGGCCAUAUUCGGAGGAAAUACUGUAUUUAACUUACUAAAUCUACCUCUGGUCAAAUUCAGUAAAAAAUGCAUGUAUCACAGCGUCAUUAAUGAAUGAAAUUGGAGUCGGACCAUAUUAUUUUCCAGGUUGUAGGCGAAUCUCAAAUCAGUACGAAACUUUUGUGGUAAAAAGUAAGUCAAUAACACAUUUAUGUCUAGACAAUAGUAUUCAAGAUUAGUAUAUAAUGAUUUAAUAUUACUUCUGCAUACCUGCAUUUGAGAAAUAAAUAUUAUAGAAUAAAAAAAUUACUGAAAAACCGUUCUUUCAUACCAUUGACAGUUUACACCAUGUCCACAGUUACCUCACAUCGUGAUCACGUCGUGGUCACAUCAAAAGAUUAGAUUUAAUCCUUUUCACAUAUCCGGGAAAAAAAAUGAUAAGACCAUUGCGUCGCUUGCUGUUUCUCCUUCAAGGUAAUUCGAAUUACGAAAGCCCUGGUGGUCAUCGCUGCUGCUACUAGAAAAUGUGUACGGUUAACUUCGAAUCACUGUUGUCACGAGUACAUUUACUCGAAACAUAUGGCACUAGCAAAAGUUUACAUCAUAACAGAACAUUGUUUUAACGUAAUCCAUUGAAUAAUUUAGUUAUAAUGGAGUCAUCAUGAUAAAAAUGAUGAAAAACCGUCAAAAACCACAUCUAUCGGAUCCACGACGGUCUAACGUAAUAUUCAAUCUACCCCCACCACUGAGCUCGACCGUUAACAUUGCACUUAUGGGAUCAAGGCAUCCAUCUCUAAUUUAGUAUCCUUGUACCGAGUCAACAUGGUUGAGGAAAUGAGAGCAAAGCUUUCAUUGCUACAUCCAAUGCAUAGCCUCAACAACAGAGGUCGAAACAGUGUAGGAUCACAAACUGAAACCAAUGUGGUAAUUGCAAAAAAUGGAUCCAAGAUAACCAAGCGAGCUCCUCCCGAAGCUCCCAAGGGAAAGUUUCCAUGUCGCAUCGGAACCUGUGUAGAAACAUUGCCACAUGGUCGAAUGAUUCCACACAUUCGUUUUUAUCACAAAAAUAAAUUUCAUGAGGUGAUAACCGAUAACAGUGUGUUUUACUUGUUCCAGUUGCAAUUUUUGCUUAAUUUAGAUAAUGAGAUGCCACAAUAGUUUUACAAUUUGAAUGUUGAAAAUCAAUGAAAUUUUAAGUCAAAAAUAUGUGCUACGGAUUUGAAUAUGCAUUACCAAUUGUCAUAGGUCUUUUUAAUCAAGAUCUGGAAAAUAUUUUUCUAGUUUUCUUAAUUCUAAAAUACUUAUGUAAUGUUGAGAAAUAAUAUAUUAAAUUAGACAUAAGAAUUAGUAA